UGAAAGGCAGUGCUAUGGUUCCUAAAUGGUUUUGUCGGAGAUGACCCGGGACCAACUUCUAUUUUCUUUUGAAGUUUGUAGGUUCGGGUAUAUACCCGAACUUAAAUAGGUGGAGUCAAUUUAGGUGGUACGAUCUCAAAUAAAAAGUUUACACUGAGAAGCCAAUUUUUUAGUUUACACUUAUCGUCAGAUUGAUCGAUUGAAGAUGCCUCCUAAAACUAGCGGAAAAGCUGCCAAGAAAGCUGGCAAGGCCCAAAAAAACAUUUCUAAAAGCGACAAGAAGAAGAAACGCAAGAGGAAGGAAAGUUACGCUAUCUACAUUUAUAAAGUAUUGAAACAAGUCCAUCCGGAUACGGGUAUUUCAAGCAAGGCUAUGAGCAUCAUGAACAGUUUCGUUAAUGAUAUUUUCGAACGCAUCGCCGCCGAGGCGAGUAGACUUGCUCACUACAACAAACGUUCGACAAUAACCAGCAGGGAAAUUCAAACAGCAGUGCGCCUUCUCUUGCCCGGUGAGUUGGCAAAACACGCCGUCAGCGAAGGAACUAAAGCAGUAACAAAAUACACCAGUUCCAAAUAAAGCAGGAAUUGUUGUUGCAUAUCAAACGGUUCUUUUCAGA